AUGGGCAGGAGAGGAGCAGCCAAGAGAACGGGAAAUACAGCAUACGGGUCUAACAACACCAUAUCACUGAGAGAAGAAUUGACAGGCAAGAAGCAAACCAAGGGACCGGCCGUCAACGCCAAGACUGCACUGAAGCUCGAGCACUUGCAGAGACUCGCUGUAUGGGCUGGUGGGGAAGCUUCUGUUCCUUCUCUGGGUGCCUUCUUCGCGCACACGUUGGCCUCUGCUCAGGAGGCUCUGGGCGUACCUCCUGACCCAUCUCUGUUUACUUGCCAGAGAUGUGAAACAAUUCUUCAGCCUGGCUUGAACUGCACUGUUCGAAUUGAGAAAAAUAGAUCAAAGAAACGACGAAAAAGUAAGAAACCAACUAGUUUCUCUCAAAACAAUGUAGUGUAUACAUGCCACUUCUGUUCACAUCGGAAUUUGAAGAGAGGGACUCCACAUGGACAUAUGAAAGUGAUAUGCCCCGCUAAGACCAAAACGACUUUGAAACUGAAACCUGCUAAAUCCAUUUCCCAGAAGUUUGUCAGUUCAAAGAAGAGCAUUGUAGCUGAAGAUGAGGUUAGGAAAGCAAAUGAGAUAGCUGCAUCAGAAAUAAUUCAAGUGAAUGAGAUAGCUUCAUCAGAAAUAACAAGAGAGAUUCAAGCGAAUGAGAUAGCUUCAUCAGAAAUAGUAAGAGAGAUUCAAGGGAAUGAGACAGCUUCAUCAGAAAUAGCAAGAGAGAUUCAAAUUCAAGUGAAUGAGACAGCUUCAUCAGAAAUAGCAAGAGAAAUUCAAGAGAAAGAGACAGCUUCAUUAGAAAUAGCAAGAGAGAAUUGUAUUGUGGAAACUCGGGCAGAUGAAGAUGAGGUUACUAUAGUGAAUGAGAUGGCUUCUUCAGCAAUAGCUGGGGAGAUUCCAACGGUGGACAGUCCUGAAACUCCAAAGUUCCCUUUUGUAUUCACACGGUUGGGAUCUUCCAUUAUCAGAACAACAGAGCUUUCUUUGUUUGUGACAAUAUGGAGGAAGCUCAGUGGUGUGGGCUUUAGGAGAAAUCUGAAUGAAAGGGAGACUGUCGAGGUGAUUAAGUUGCUGGAAACUCUGGAAGGAUUCAGAUUGUGUGCUUCUAAAAGGGAUAGGAGAAGGUGGGAUCUUGAGGAGUCGGGUUCUUUCACUUGCAAGUCCUUUCAGUCCUUUUUGCGCAACAAGGGGAGGGUUGUGACCUUUCAUCCCUUCUCUCUUGUGUGGAAGGCUAAGUCUCCCCCUAAGGUUAAGGUCUUUGUUUGGUUGGUGGCGCUUGGGAAAGUUAACACUUUGGAUCUAGUCCAAAGGAAGGGACCUUUUAUGUAUUUGUCUCCUCAAUGGUGUGUUUUGUGCAAGCAUUGUGAGGAGAAUGUGGACCACCUUUUCUUACAUUGCCCUUUUUCCUUAAGUCUUUGGGGGCUCUUGUGGAGGGAGGUUGGGACUGUUUGGGUGAUUCCGAAAGGGUGCUCUGAUUUCCUCUGUUCUCACUUUGUGGUUUGGGGAAAGGGGAAGCGCGCUUCAACGUUAUGGGGCUGUUUGGUUCACUAUGUUUUCUGGAACAUUUCGUUGGAGCGUAAUAGGAGAAUUUUUGAAGACUAUAAGGGAGCAGGAGUGAGUGAGCUUUGGGAUAGAGUUAAGUACUGGGUAGCUUUGUGGGCUUCGAUUACAAAAGAGUUUAAAGACUAUUCUUAUUCCACUAUUAUGAGGGAUAUGGCAGCAUCGGUUAACUGA